GGGCGGGGCCAUCAGGAAGCAGCAGCAGGAAUUGAGUGUCAGGCUGAAUCCCAGGCAAGAAGAGAGUCCGGCUGCAGCAGAGAACAGUGGGAGGUGUGAGAAGACGACUGCAAGAAUACACUGCCGGCCUCGUGUGCCUUCAUUGUGUGUGUGAGUGUGAGUGUGCAACGUUCCUUUUCCUCCGAGAUCUUUGUAGAUCCACAGGCAUCGCCAGCAGCACUGCAGGGCCGUCCCUGGGAGUGUCAUUGAAUAGGGCCAUUUUGCUUUAUGCCAAUCCACAACAGCACUCUGGCUAUUUCAGUUAUCCAGCGAAUAAUCCCAACCAGUCACACACGAUGGCAGACGAAGAUCUCAUGUUUAGGAUGGAGGGCCUUGAUAAUAUCAGUUCAGGCAAAGACCAAGGCUCAGAUUACAACAAGGCCGACAGCGACGAGGAAGACAAUUUCUACAUAUGCCCCAUCACCGAUGACCCAGCUUCACAUCAGAAGAGCAACAAGAAAAACCCAGGUUUCUUUACCAAGUUAGUGAAGCAGUCGGAGUAUGGAACCAGUUCUUCCCCAAGGAACUCCUUCAAGGAGGCCUGGAAACAUGCCAUUCAAAAAGCCAAGCAGAUGCCUGAUCCAUGGGCUGAGUUUCACUUGGAGGACAUUGAGACAGAGCAUGCUAUCAGGCACAGGUAUAAUGCUGUAUCUGGCCAGUGGUUUAAAGACGAUGUUCUAAUUAAAAUGGCCUCUCAGGCAUUUGGUAGGGGAGCCAUGAGAGAAUGUUACAGAACGAAAAAACUCUCCAACUUCUCACACAAGCAGCAGUGGAAGAGUGCAUAUAAUUAUGUUGCCAAACGAUACCUAGAGACUGUGGACAGAGAUGUGUACUUUGAAGAUGUUCGACUCCAGAUGGAAGCAAAGCUGUGGGGAGAGGAAUAUAACAGACACAAGCCCCCAAAGCAGGUGGACAUCAUGCAAAUGUGCAUUAUUGAAAUGAAGGACAGGCCCGGCAAACCGCUUUUUCACCUUGAACAUUACAUCGAGGGAAAGUAUAUUAAAUAUAACUCAAAUUCUGGGUUUGUUCGAGAUGACAAUAUCCGCCUCACUCCUCAGGCCUUCAGUCAUUUCACAUUUGAGCGCUCAGGACAUCAGCUGAUUGUUGUUGACAUACAGGGAGUUGGUGAUUUAUACACUGAUCCGCAGAUCCACACAGAGAGUGGGACGGAUUUUGGAGAUGGAAAUUUAGGGGUAAGAGGAAUGGCUUUAUUCUUCCAUUCCCAUGCAUGCAACAAAAUAUGCAAAAGCAUGGGACUGACGCCCUUUGACCAUUCGCCCAGAGAAAAGUCUGUUUUGGAUAACUGCACCAAAAUGUUGCAAACAGCCCAGACUGUUGUUCGUGGCAUUGAAGAGAAAUGUGGCAGCAAUCGGGUCAGAACUAUGUCUGGCAGCCGCCCACCCCUUCUCUCACGUCUCUCUGAAAAUUCUGAUGACAUGAGCGACAUGGCAUUCGAUUCCUUACCCAACUCACCUUCCCCAGUUACCCCGCAUGGCCAUAGAUUCGAUUCGCAUGGUUGGCCUAUUUUUAAUGAGGUGGACAACUUACAUAAUGAAGAAAACAAUAACUUGGACAAUCAUAGAGACUCUGAAAAUGGAGGGGAUAGUGGAUGUCCCAGUGAAAAGCGAAGUGAAUCUGAUGAGCUGGAACACAGAAUCCAUAUCGUUGGCAGAAGACGGUUUGAGUCAGAAUCUGAGGACAGUUUUGGAAAGGUCACUGUGGAGAAAUGGAACCAGUUCCAUGCUUCUCGUGUUCAUGUCCACAGACCCUCCUGUGUGGCGGUUGAAAUGCAAAGACUUAAUACUCUGGAACUAGAGAAGAAAAUCGGGAAAUCGAUUCUUGGAAAGGUUCACUUGGCCAUGGUGCGUUAUCAUGAAGGGGGACGUUUCUGUGAGAAAAACCAAGAAUGGGAUCAGGAAUCUGCCAUUUUUCAUCUGGAACAUGCUGCUCAUUGCGGGGAACUUGAAGCCAUUAUUGGACUUGGCCUCAUGUACUCACAGUCACCCCAUCACAUAUUGACUGAUGUAUCUGUUCAGGACACGGAAGAUAACAGAAUAAAGGGAUUUAACUAUUUGUUUAUGGCAGCAGAAGCAGGAGAUCGUCCUUCCAUGAUUCACGUUGCCCGAGCUUUCGAUACUGGAGUGAACCUUGGUUCAGACAGGAUACAGGACUGGCAAGAAGCCAUCUUCUGGUAUGAUUCUGCACUCAACAUGACAGAUUAUGAUGAAGGUGGUGAAUAUGAUGGAACUCAAGAUGAACCAAAAUACUUGCUGCUGGCCAGAGAAGCAGAAAUGUUACUCACUGGGGGAUUUAACCUUCAGAAGGACCCACAGCGAUCUGGUGACUUGUUCACAGAAGCGGCUGAGGUGGCAAUGGAAGCAAUGAAAGGAAGGUUGGCCAAUCAGUACUACCAGAAAGCAGAGGAGGCCUGGGCCUGUAUGGAGGAGGAGUAGUACAAAUGGCCUUGAACAAAAGGACAAAGGCAUCUUAACAAUGGCAGCAGACUGAAACAUUUGAGUUUGUUACAGAAUUUGUUUAUUUUUCCUGGAUUGCUCUAAUGCUUGUUUACAUUGAGAAAAAUAUACAGAAUCUUAUAUUUUUAAGAGAAAUUUGAGGGGGCUGAGUAUAUCCACAUAUUUGCUCCCUGCCAGUGUACCUUUUUACCAACAUAAAAAAGCAAAUUUCUGCACUUUAACUUGUGUUGCCAACCCGGCAACCUUUUCCCUAUAUUGCAGGAAUCAUUUAUCUCACAUGUACAAAUCCACAAAAAGGAACAAUUUAAUUUCCAUUUUUAACCCGUCUUGGCUGCCUUCAAGGCAACUAUAAUUCUAAGAUUUAUUGGGCCGCUACCAAAGGAAGCAUAUGGGCAUAAAUGAGAGGUUAUUGACAGUUAUAUAAAAAUUGAGGACUCUCCCUUUUCACACACUCUGCUUGUACAUGGAGGAACAUAAUUAACUAACAUAUUAAAUGAUCUGACCAGGUACAUACUGAGCCCCCUAGGCCACCCCCACUGCUGUGUUGUGUGCUCCUUAUGUUUCCAUGAUUGCACAGCAAGUAUCACAAGGGAGUGCGGUGCAUUACAGUGGAGGUUGUAAUAUUUAUCAAGAUGCUUGUUGUGCCAUAGGUUGUAGAUUUAUGAUUAGAUUAUUUAUGGCACCUGACAUGCUACAGCUAGAGGGGCAGAUUAUUGCCAAUAGAUUAAAUAAAUUAGCCACAAUAGUGCAAGCUAUAACACUAUAUUUAUUCUGCAGAAUGCUUUACCAUACCUGAGAAAACAGCUCCAAAAGUUCUGUCAGUUUGUUUAGGCUAGCAGCUGCCAUAUUAGCUUGGUGUGACAUCACUUCCUGCCUAAGUCUCUCCCUUCUCACUCAUACUUCUGGGCUCAGAUUACAUCAGGGAGGGGAGGGUGAUGAGGAGCAAACUGAGCAUGCUCAUGCUGUGCCCUGGAGGUUUUAGAUGAAAGAAGGAAGUCUGAUAAAGAACUCCCUGUGUACACAAUAAAAAGAAAGAAAUGCUGUGUUUCUUUUGAGGACUUAAAGCAGCAUUACCUUGAGGGUUUACUGCUGUAUUUAUAUAGAUCUUUCUGAUAAAGCUUACUUUGUUUUAGCUUCAGCUUUUCUCAUUCUCAGUAUAGCAUGGUCAGGUUGCUAACUGGCCAUACAGAAAAUGACAGGCGGCCAUGCACGAUUAUCAUGCAACAAGCUGCAUGAGACAAAAUAUUUUUUUAAGAAGAAUUUAACCAGAGAUGCAGCUCUCUGGCUGGUGGAUGAAUCCUAGGGAUGCCGUUUAUAAAAGGAAAGGAUUUUGCCACCUUUCUGCUGUUGACAUGUUCCAAAUUUGCUAUGGGAAACCAAAGUAAGGAGAUUUCUCUCAGGGACAGAGUCCCAACCUCCAUAUUCUAUAUCUCACCUUUGGCUCAAUUCAGGAUUAGUUUUCUACAACUAAUAAUAGAAAGAUAUAUGAAAUAAGUCAUUGACUCUGAUCAGGAUUAAUCAGUGUCUCAGUGCAGAAGUUUUUUUUUUCUCUCACUCAGAUAUAAAGGGCUUUUAAUAUCGU